AAGAGUCUAGGUAUAGCGAAAUGCCGAAAGCGAUGGGGCACAAAACAAAAAUAACUGAUAAAAGCGGGCACACCUGCCGCGCCAGAUGGGAGAAAAAAUUUAAUAAAAGUGGGCAUGCUCCCAUUGACUUCUAUCCAAUGCCGGUGUUCAGUUGCAAUCUACAAGUAGAUAUGGAUGUGGCACGGCAAUUUGUGAUGGUACUAGACACACAUUUGCAUGGCUGAGCUCUAGACCUGAUAUUCUGGGUUAAAUCCUCUGUUUUCCUUAUAUCGUAACCCUUCCUCUCACAUCCAUCUUAAAGAUGGAACAAUACAGACCUUCCACAACUAACCUUGGCUUCCACAGCGAUAAGAGGUAUCAUGUAUUUUUGAGUUUCAGGGGACCAGAUGUGAGAAAGACUCUGGUUGAUCAUCUUUAUGAAGCUCUCUCUGCAGCAGGACUGAACGUUUUUUUAGACACUGAGAAAUUGGAAAAGGGGGAAAUGAUUGGGUUGAGCUUGGAAAGAGCAAUUGAGAGCAGUGCCAUACGGAUUCCUAUAUUUUCGAAAGGCUAUGCAGACUCAGUAUGGUGUCUCGAGGAGGCGGCUGCAAUGUUGAGGACCCCUGGCUUGAUCAUUCCCCUCUUUUAUGAUGUGGAUCCAACUCACGUUAGAUAUCCUGAAAAGGAGAGCAGUCCCUACUGCCAAUCAUUUCUCAGACAUUAUGGCCAUUCGGAUCGAUACCCGAUAAAAGAGAUUAACGAGUGGAAGCAUGCUCUCAAGGAGAUCUGUUCUCGGUCUGGCUGGUCCAGGGAUAUAACUCAAGGCUUUGAAGCUCGGCUAGUAAAGACAGUGGUGAAUGACUUGAUUAAGACAUUGGAUAGGGUGCCGUUACAAGUUGCUAAGCAUCCAGUGGGAAUGGACAGCAUCAAGAAUCUUCUCAUUGAGGAAUUACAUCUCAAUUCAGUGGAUAAGGCGGUUAAAGUUGGAAUAUGGGGUAUUGGGGGUAUUGGCAAGACCACGGUUGCCAAGGCCUUGUACAAUCAAGUCUAUGCUGAUUUUGAACCUGCUUCCUUUGUAUUUAAUAUCAGAACUACUGCAACAGGCCCCAAAGGUCUUACAAAUUUGCAGAGACAAAUUCUUGAAGACUUAACCAGAUAUGAUGGAAAAGUAAACAGUGUUGAGAAGGGCAUGUCUUUGUUGAGAGAUCGUUUGGGAGGAAAACAUGUAUUGCUUAUUUUGGAUGAUGUGGAUGCUGUUAAUCAAUUGGAUGAUUUGAUUGGGGAUUGGCUGGCUCCUCACAGCAGAGUUGUUAUAAUUUCCAGAGACAAACACGUUCUCAAUGUUGCUCAAGUUCAAUACAUCCAUGAGAUAAGUGGGUUGGGGAUAAAUGAAGCUCUCCAGUUAUUUAGUUGGCAUGCUUUUCUUAGAGCUUGUCCAAAUCAUAGUUACGAAUCUCUGUCUAAAGGAUUAGUACAAGCUUGUAAAGGACAUCCUCUUUCGUUGGAAGUGAUUGGAUCUUUCUUGUAUGAUAAGAAGGAUGACAUAGGUUGCUGGAUGGAAGCCUUUCACAACAUUACUCUCCACCCAAGCAUUCAUGAAAGACUCAAAAUCAGCUAUAAUGCUCUAAGUGAUGAGGAAAAAGAAAUAUUUCUGGAUAUUGCUUGCUUUUUCAUUGGAGAAAACAAAACAUAUCCCAUUGUUUUCUGGAUAUCUUUGUACAAGAUGGUAGACACCUCCAUAUUUAAUCUUUCAAUGAAGUUAUUGAUAAAGAUUAACGACAAAGGAGUAUUUGAUAUGCAUGACCAUUUGCAAGAUAUGGGGCGGACCAUUGCUGAAACAGAAAAAGAGCGUACCCGAGUUUGGGAAGCUACCCAUUUAAGCACCCUAUGCAACAACACCAAUUUCUCUCGUCUUCGACUCAGUGAAAGCAGUCCACAAAGUCUUGAAAUGCUUUACAGUCCUGGUCUUCGCUAUCUUCAUCUGCGGAAUCUGUCCAUUGAAGGCAUGACUAAAGACACACUAGCCAUGCUUCCUCCAUCUUUGAUAUGGUUAAGGUUGGAAGACUGCAGCUUUGCAAUUGGGAUGAACAGAGCAGUGAAGAAGCCACGUCAUUCCAGAUUUAUGGAUAACUUUUGGCAAUUGAAGAUUCUGCAACUAAAAGGUUCCAUUGAUCUGGACGGCCUUUCUAUCUUCUCCCUGUUUUCUCUUCCUAACAUACAGCUGCAGUACUUGGAUUUGGAAGGGUGUGUUGACUUAAAUAACCUUCACAGUAGUAUUGGUAACCUGUCACAACUAUAUCUGUUGAACAUGGGAAGUUGUAACAAUUUGAAUAACCUCCCUGCUACCAUUGGUAACCUAUUACAGCUGCAGCACUUGCACUUUGAAGGGUGUCACAGCUUAAAUAACCUCCCUAAUACCAUUGAUAACCUAUCACAGCUGCAGCAAUCGAACUUGGGAUGGUGUGAUAAGUUAAAUGACCUCCCUCAUACACUUAGCAACCUGUCACAGCUGCAGAAUUUGAACUCGGAAUGUUUUAAAUGGUUAGAAAACCUCCCUAAUACCAGGGACAAACUGCCACAGCUGCAACACUUGUACUUGAAAAAUUUUGGGAAUUUAAAAAAUCUCUCUGAAACCAUUGGCAACCUGUCAUGGCUACAACAUUUGGAUUUGAAAGAGUGUACAAAUUUACAUAAUCUCCCUGAUACCAUUGGCAAUUUGUCACAGCUCCAACACUUGAACAUGGCAUAUUGUAUCUGUUUAUAUAAGCUGCCUGAUACCAUUGGCAAUCUGUCACGGCUGCAGCACUUGAACUUGGCACAUUGCGUCAAUUUAAAGAGGCUCCCUGAUACCAUUGGCAACCUGUCACAGCUGCAGCACUUGAACUUGGAUUGGUGUACUGGGUUAAAUAAGCUUCCUGAUUCCAUUGACAACUUGCCGCGGCUGCUGUUUUUGAACUUACACCAGUGUGAAAUUGACCAUCCUCAUACAAUUGGCAACCUGUCAGAUAAGCAUUACUCUGGCAUUUAUACACUUUGAUUUUAUGAAUUUUAAAGUCUUCUGCUCUAUUCUUCCUCAACUCAAAUGUCAAAAUAUUCUAAUGGAGCUUCCUGUGUUUGCCUGGACAGAAAUUGAAGUAUUGUUCUAUUUUAUUCUACUAUUCCUCAACUGAAAUGUCAAAAAUGGAGCUUCCUCUGUUGCCAAGACAGAAAUUGAAAUUUGUUAAUCCUACAGAAUAGUUAAAUAUUAUUGUUUUUUUUCCUUAAAAUUAGGUGCUGAGUUAAUAUUAAAUAGAAUUGCCUCAAGAGGCUCAAAUUUCCUGUCACGGCUAUUGUAUGGUACGGUGAUGCAUUCAGCUCUGUGAAAUGAAACUGCAUCUUAAAUGUAAGGCCCCUCCUUUCAUACGAUAGUUAUAACUUCUUCUCUGUUGCUAGUGGAUUCCACCACUGAUGGUUAGCCAAGUUAAAUUGAUGAAUUUUACAUUGUUGAUCUAGGGCAGACCAUGUGACAUGUUAUUUUAAUACUUCAUUAAUGCAUUCAUAUGAGGACAAG